AUGGAGCACUGUUGCAUUACACCAUGGUUAUUUGGUCAGGAGGGCGAAGAAGAGCACAAGCUGAAGGAGCCGCGUGGUAUCGCUUCAAACACCAGACGGCAAUUCCUGAUAGCAGACGAUAAGGAUAAAACCGUGAAGGUGUUUGAUAGCAACGGAAAGUUUAAUUUUAGGUUUAAUCCUCAAACUGAUGACGCCGAAAGAGAGUUACAUAUUUUGGAUGUGGCCACUGCAGGCGAGGACGACAAGAUUUUUCUACUGGUCAUACUGGAGAGGCCUGGGGCUUUUGAAUGGGAGAGUGAAGUGCAGGUUUUUAACAAGACUUCUGACCUACAGCACAAGUUUCCUGUGAGGCACGGGUACCGGAACAGACUAACAGUGAGCAGCGGCAAAAUUCUGCUGUUGGGUAGGUACUUUAAGUAGAGGUAUCAAAGUGUAUCAAGAAAUGUAAAGAAAUAGCCAUGUAUGGCCCAUGUAAUGCCAUGUAUAGCCAUGUAUUACCACGUAUAGCCAUGUAUACCCAUGUAUAGCCAUCUAUUACCAUGUAUACCCAUGUAUUGCCAUGUAUACCCAUGUAUACCCAUGUAUUGCCAUGUAUUACCAUGUAUAGCCAUGUAUUACCAUUUAUACCCAUGUAUACCCAUGUAUUGCCAUGUAUUACCAUGUAUAGCCAUGUAUUACCAUGUAUACCCAUGUAUACCCAUGUAUUGCCAUGUAUUACCAUGUAUAGCCAUGUAUUACCAUGUAUACCCAUGUAUAGCCAUGUAUUACCAUGUAUCGCCAUGUAUAGCCAUGUGUGCCUAUGUAUAGCCAUGUAUUACUAUGUAUACCCAUGUAUUGCCAUGUAUACCGAUGUAUAGCCAUGUAUACCCAUGUAUAGCCAUGUAUUACCAUGUAUACCCAUGUAUAGCCAUGUAUAGCCAUGUAUUACCAUGUAUAGCCAUGUAAUGCCAUGUAUAGCCAUGUAUAGCCAUGUAUAGCCAUGUAAUGCCAUGUAUUAUCAUGUAUAGCCAUUUAUUACCAUGUAUACCCAUGUAUAGCCAUGUAUACCCAUGUAUAGCCAUGUAUAACCAUGUAUUACCAUGUAUAGCCAUGUAAUGCCAUGUAUAGCCAUGUAUAGCCAUGUAAUGCCAUGUAUUAUCAUGUAUAGCCAUGUAUUACCAUGUAUACCCAUGUAUAGCCAUGUAUAGCCAUGUAUUACCAUGUAUUCCCAUGUAUAGCCAUACAUACCCAUGUAUAGCCAUGUAUUACCAUGUAUACCCAUGUAUUGCCAUGUUUACCCAUGUAUAGCCAUGUUAUCCCAUGUAUAGCCAUGUAUUGUCAUGUAUUACCAUGUAUACCCAUGUAUAGCCAUGUAUAGCCAUAUCUUACCAUGUAUACCCAUGUAUAGCCAUGUAUAGCCAUGUAUUGCCAUGGAUACCCAUGUAUAGUCAUGUAUACCCAUGUGUAGCCAUGUAUAGCUAUGUAUUACCAUGUAUACCCAUGUAUAGCCAUGUAUUGCCAUGUAUUACCAUGUAUAGCCAUGUAUUACCAUGUAUAGCCUUGUAUAGCCAUGUAUUACCAUGUAUACCCAUGCAUAGCCAUGUAUUGCCAUGUAUAGCCAUGUAUAGCCAUGUAGUGCCUUUUAUAGCCAUGUAUUGCCAUGUAUUACCAUGUAUUACCAUGUAUAGCCAUGUAUUACCAUCUAUACCCAUGUAUAGCGAUGUAUAGCCAUGUAUUAUCAUGUAUAGCCAUGUAUUGCCAUGUAUUACUAUGUUUUGCCAUGUAUAGCCAUGUAUUACCAUGUAUUACCAUGUAUUACCAUGUAUAGCCAUGUAUUACCAUCUAUACCCAUGUAUGUUUAUUUGUUUGUUUACAUACAUGGGUAUAGAUGGUAAUACAUGGCUAUACAUGGUAAUACAUGGUAAUACAUAAACAAAUAAACAAAUAAACAAUCAUUUUAGAAAGUGGGAAAAGUUAAUAAGCGUUUUUACGUAAAAGUGAUGUUAUGAUUAAUUUCAACAAUAAGUUUAAAGAGAUGUCAUUGUAAUUUACAUGCUAAGUAACUUAUUGCUGUAAUAGCUUUGUUUAGCUUUGUAUUUUUUGUUUGUUUGUUUGUUUGUACUAUAUAUGUGUGUGUGUGUGUGUGUUUUUCUUAAUUUCUAUUUUGUAUGUAAACGUAAGAAAUGCUUUAAUUAAAAAAUAUUAAAAAAAAAAAAAAAAAAUCUAUACCCAUGUAUAGCGAUGUAUAGCCAUGUAUUAUCAUGUAUAGCCAUGUAUUGCCAUGUAUUGCCAUGUAUUACUAUGUUUUGCCAUGUAUAGCCAUGUAUUGCCAUGUACUGCCAUGUAUAGCCGUGUACUGUCAUGUACAGCCAUGUACUCCCAUGUAUUACAUGUAUUGACACGUAUUGCGUGUAUAGCCAUGUAUUGCUAUGUAUUGCUAUUUAUUACCCUGUAUUGCUAUGUAUUGCCAUGUGUAGCUAUGUGUUGGCCAUGUUUGUCCUAAGUUGGAAUAAAGUCAGUGAAUUGAAAAGUCUUUUUUUUGUCUGCUACAUAGUUGAGGGGUAGCCCAAGAAAAGGCUCUUUUUUCGAAAGAAAAUAUAGUUUUUUGAGGAGGGCAACAUCCUUUCAGGAUUGUAAACGGAUACUAGUUGACAAAGAUAUUCAAGUGCCAUUCGUCACUUUAGAAAAUACUCUCGUUAAAAGUCAGUUAAGAACUUAUUGCCCGCCAAGAGCAGGGAAAGUACUUACAGUUGUUAUUUAUAGUCAGUAUACCAGAAAAAAAUAUCGAUUUCUUUUAUAGAUAGGGGCCGCAAGGGAUAGGUUGUUAACGUUUUCUUUUGUUCGCGCCCGUAAGUAAGAGAUGGUUAGGAUGACGUAAAACAGAAAAUCCCGAAGGGAUAUAUAAAAGGUUUCAAAGGUUUCAUGCCGGUGAAGAUGUGCGGCCUGUCACCUCUUGCAAGUUUUUACUUUGAUGCUUUCCAGACGGUGCCCUGCUCCACCAGUGAAACAACAUAGAAUCACAACAAACCUGUUCACGGGCAGUACACCACUGUACAGAAAAGUCAACCUUUAAAUGAAAACAAUUGAAACAACACAUUUCGAACGAACUAAGAAAUUGUUUUGUUUUCAUGAAAAAUUCUAUAUUUGAAUAAAAGGUUUGACAAAGUCCCAAAAUCUAUUAUUUCAACCUUUUUAUAAAAACAACUCAGAGCUCUAACUUACAAAUGACAAAACAUUUAAGGUUAACUCAAGGUUUCACGCCGUUAUACAUGUGCAGUCUGUCAUCCGUUACAGUUACUCACGCCAUACGGUGCCAUGCUGUGCCGGUAAAAAAUAAUCUUGUCUACAUUCUGCAUGAUUCUGUGUAGUACACAACUGUAUAGUCAACGCAAGCCUCGCUUUAAUUUGAAACGAAAAUAUACAGCAUAGUCCCUCGCCAUUUUGAGGAACACUUAUACUUCAUUAAACAUUUUAAGAAGAUGUUUUUAUACUUUACAAAAAGCAAGGCAAGACACCUAUUUUUCAAAUUUAAACCUUUAUAAAAACACAACCUAGCUUUGGGAAAACACGGACCAAACCUACAGUAACCUGACUGGUUUUUUGCAGGGAACCAAUUAAUCAAACCGCACCAUUUUCGAUCCUCCAAACAAACCAGGGUGGAUAUAUAAACGCUUACUAAAUCAAGCAAUACGGAAUGGUUCAGAGUUCACCUCAACCAUCCCACCACAUAGCAACUGAUGAGAAUCGUAAGAUUCGAAACCGCCGGUCUUGCUUGUAAACUUAUAUUUAACUACACACAUUAUGUAGUGGCACAAAUAAGCCAGUCAAUUGAUUGGUAAAAAAACAACAUGCUAAUGGUAUUGAAAAAUAUUGAGCUUUAAAAUACUCUACUCUGAUAUUAAAACUACAAGUGACAUUUACAAAGCGAUUGAGUUUUAAAACGAUAUUCAAAGGACACAGCAUCAUAAUGUAUUUAAAUCAUGCUUAGACGCGAUAAAUACCCAAAACCAGUGUCAGAUCUGGAUAUUUUUUUUUUAAAAAGACUACAUAUGUGCUGUGUACAGCUAAACAUUGUUCUCUGAGAUCGCGUAAACCUAAACUUACGGAGAUAUGAAAAGCAGUUACUCUAAGAUAACGGCAGCUAUGGAAAAAUUACUAUAUUUUCGAGUAGACAUAUCUCAUAAACGGGCUACAAAUUCAACAGGAAUACGCGCGAACUGAAUAAAUUGUCUGUUGAGCCAGGUUCUGCUCAAUUUAUACAGAAUUUUCUCUUGCUGAACAUAAACUGUACCGAACGGUAUCUCCGAGUCCGCUAUAUAGAAGCGAUAUCAUCGUUCAAAUUUUAAACUGUAAGAUCCCUGAAAGAAGUCUCCUCAAUGGAGCAAUAUAUAAAAGGUUUCAAAGGUUUCACGCCGGUGAAGAUGUGCGGCCUGUCACUUCUUGCAAGUUUUUACUUUGAUAGAUAGAUAGAUAGUGUCUCAGUUGAUAAAACAUAACAGGUAGAACUCGGGGGUACGUUUGAUUUAAAAAAAAAAUGAAGGCUUAAUAUCUGAAAAAAAGUAUGGUUUUAACAUGUAAGAAUGAUAAUGAUAAAAAAUCUACAUUGUGGCGACAUUGUUGUAACUAGUUUAUUGCCCCUAAAUAAAGCAGUUCUACCAAGGUAUUUAAUGUAGGAUAAUCGUAUCGAUGCAUGCUUUCAUUUAAGACUUUAACAUCGAGAAGUCUUAGCCUUUAGCCUUUGUUUGGCUCUCAUAUGGAAUUGCUUCAAGUUUGCGUUAACUUAAGAGUAUUUAGGCUCGCAGAUAACUACCGGUCACAAUGAAAGUCGAAGAAAAAAUUGCUAAAAGAAAGGUCUCGAAACCAGAAAAUGAGAGAGCAAAUUUACGUGGCCCUUACCGGAUUCGGUAGUAUUGACAUUAAAAUGAAUAAAGCUAUUACGAAAACGGGUAGGGGGAGAUGAAAGCGAGCUUACCCAGCCCUUAAAUUGAUCUCGCACUUGUUUUUAGAAGAGACUAAGCUAGUUGUACAGCUGGUGUGACGGAUUACACAGAAUGGAGUAUAAAAGGUUGUCACUUAAGAACUCGCGGCAUUCUAGCUGAGUCAUGAAGAGCGCUGUCAUCGUAGGAAAACCGCCUUUGACAUCUCUCUCUACAUCAACCGAGGGUGUUGCGGGAGGCUAUAACAACAAACAGAGCAUGCGUAUUCAGUAACAGGCAAUAAUAGCAAAAUUAAAGUUUUAACAUGUGUGCGCUAACAGUUUUUUCGGGGACCAAGGGACUUGCGUUGUCAAAAUCCUUGAAUUUCAAUUUGGGAAUCUAAAAAAAUAUAACACUUGAGAAAACGCGAAAAUUAAAGUUUAAAAACAACGAACCUUCAUUGAAACACAGAAACACACCAAACGGAUCGAAAUCCACCAAUUUAAAAACCAUGAACCAUGACCUUUUGAACCCCUUGAAGUAAACUUCUGUUGUCUAUGAGAUCAGGUGCAGAAAGGGCAGAGACUUUAGAUUUUUAUUGGUAAUGAGAAAAAAGCGGAUAUUUUAAAAUAAUUUCUAACAUUUGAAAUUAUGUAAAAAUGAAAUAAUCAGCAUGUCACUAACGUGGAACAAAGAAAAACAAGGCAGGCGCUCUCUAUCCACUUUGAACUACUGAGAACUCAUGAAGAGCGAGGCCAUAUACUAUACGUAUAUAUAUCUUUUUUUUUUUUUGCCGAUGUUGGCGUUCCGAAAACAUCAAUUUUUCCGCACGUUGCAGAACUAUCAAUUCCUGUACUCACUGGAAGUGACUCGCUGAAAACAUGAAUAAAUGGGUGGAGAGGAUGGCUGUGAGGGGAUAGUUAAGUCCACCACAAGGACCAACGUCACAGUCUGGACAUUUCUAACAUACCUCCCUAGAUUCUAUUAAUAAAUUGAUUAUUCAGUUGAAAAAUGAGUCCCUUAGUCGUUCCCUCUAAUAGUGAUCAAUUCAAAUCGGCAUUCCUACAUGCGUAAAGAACAGUGAAUAUUUCAAGAAAACAUACAUGGCUAUACAUGGCCGUACAUGGUAAUACAUGGCAAUACAUGGCUAUACAUGGCAAUAAAUGGUAAUAGAUGGCGAUACAUGGCAGUACAUGGCUAUACAUGGCAAUACAUGGAAAAACAAGGCAAUACAUGGUGAUACAUGGCUAUAUACAUGGCAGUACAUGGUAAUACAUGGUUAUACAUGGCAAUACGUGUCAACACAUGGCUAUAAAUGGUAAUACAUGGCGAUACAUGGUAAUACAUAGUAAUACAUGGCAAAACAUGGCAAUACAUGGUAAUACAUGGCAAUACAUGGCAUUAAAUGGCCUUGCAUGGCAUUACAUGGCACUUCUCAGUGGUACUGUUUAUUAUGCUGUACUAUUCUUGGUAAUACAUGGCUAUACAUGGCUAUACAUGGCAAUACAUAGCAAUACAUGGAAUCACAUGGCUAUACAUGGUAAUACAUGGCAAUACAUGGUAAUAGAUAGUAAAACAGGGCAAUACAUGGCAAUACAUGGUAAUACAUAGUAAAACAUGGCAGUACAUGGUAAUACAUGGCUAUACAUGGCAAUACGUGGCUAUACAUGGUAAUACAUGGCAAUACAUGGUAAUACAUGGCUAUACAUGGCAAUAAGUGGCUAUACAUGGUAAUACAUGGCGAUACAUGGUAAUACAUGGCAAUACAUGGUAAUACAUGGCUAUACAUGGUAAUACACGGCAGUACAUGGUAAUACAUGGCUAUACAUAGCAAUACAUGGUAAUACAUGGCUAUACAUGGUAAUACAUGGUAAAUCAUGGUAAUACAUGGCUAUACAUGGCAAUACGUGGCUAUACAUAGUAAUACAUGGCUAUACCUGGGUAUACAUGGUAAUACAUGGCAAUACAUGGCUUUAUUAUAUACAUACUGAGAAAUACUCACCAAAAGCUAUGUCGUAAAUUUUCGUACGCAAAUUAGUUCUAGCCAAUCAGAGGAGCGAACGAUAGUUUUCAAACGUGAAAAAAAUGAUACGUCCAAUCAGAAUCGCGAACAAUGUUUUUUCACGUGUGAGAAAAAUGAUGCGUCCAAUCAGAAGCCACAGAGGUGUUUGAGUUUCGCGCCAAAAUUCCCGCCUUUUAUUGCAGCUUGCAGCACCGCUUCGCACACAUUCAACGAGAAACGUUUUACUGAAAGAGUCUGUCUCGCUAAAAAAGUGAAAAACAUUUCGGAAAUGGAGUGGAAUAGCUUCGUUUGUUUCACUGUCGAUAAAGAAAACGGUAGAGAGCCGGCGAAACAACAGCGGAAAGGGAAAAACAGAACAAGACGUAAGCUUUUGUUGUGCUUUUUGUCGGAGCUACUUUGCCUUUCAUUUAAGCUUAACUUAUAUUGAAACCGGCCAUUUUAUAUACUUAAAUUCACUCAUUUUCAAUUGUGCAUUGAGAACAAACAGUUAAGAUUACUUAUAGUUCUUGGAUGACCUCAUAUCCUUACCGUCAUUUAUGUUUUUAACAAACGUUUUUACUAAAAACCGGAUACCUCGUUUCCGUUGUCAUUUUGCGGUAUUAAAGUGUGUAGCGGCAAAUUUUAGCAGUUUUGAAAGAUUUAAUAUAAAAAGGCCGCCAAAUUGAUGAAUGUCUCAGUAUGUAUAUAAUAAACACAAUACCACAUGGAAAGUUCUUUGUACGGUAUUUACGCACUCGUUGUUUUUGCAUCAGAAAUCUUCCUCGUUCGCUGCGCUCGCUCGCUCGAUUUCUGAUACGUCAACAACUCGUGCGUAAAUACCGUACGCCAGCACUUUUCAUGAAGUAUUCUCUAUAUACAUGGUAAUACAUAGUAAUACAUGGCAAUACAUGGCAAUACAUGACUAUACAUGGCAGUACAUGAUAAUACAUGGCUAUACAUGGCAAUACAUGGUAAUACAUAGUAAUACAUGGCAAUACAUAGAAAUACAUGACUAUACAUGGCAGUUCAUGGUAAUACAUGGCAAUACAUGGCUAUACAUGGGUAUACAUGGUAAUACAUGGCUAUACAUGGGUAUACAUGGUAAUACAUGGUGAUACAUGGCUAUACAUGGUAAUACUUGGCAAUACCUGGUAAUACAUGGCGAUACAUGGCAGCACAUCCUAAUACAUGGUAAUACAUGGUAAUACGUGGCAAUACAUGGCAUUACAUGGCAUUACAUGGCAUUACAUGGCUAUACUUGGCAUUACAUGGCUAUACAUGUCAAUACAUGGCUAUACAUGGGUAUACAUUGCUAUAGAUGGGUAUGCAUUGUAAUACAUGGCUAUACAUGGCUAUACAUGGGUAUACACGGUAAUACAUGGCUAUACAUAGUAAUACAUGGCAAUACAUGGCUAUACAUGGGUAUACAUGGCUUUACAUGGGUAUACAUGGCAAUACAUGACUAUACAUGGCUAUACAGGGUAUACAUGGUAAUACAUGGAAUACACGGUAAUACAUGGCAAUACAUGGCUAUACAUGGUAAUACAUGGGAAUACAUGGUAAUAAAUGGCAAUACAUGGCUAUACAUGGUAAUACAUGGCUAUACAUGGCUAUACAUGGCUAUACAUGGGUAUACAUGGUAAGACAUGGGUAUACAUGGGUAUACAUGGUAAUACAUGGCUAUACAUAGCUAUCCAUGGGGAUACAUGGUAAUACAUGACUAUACAUGGUAAUACAUGGCAAUACAUGGUAAUACAUGGCAAUACGUGGCUAUACAUGGGUAUACAUGGCAUUACAUGGCUAUACAUGGCUAUACAUGGCUAUACAUGGCGAGACAUGGCUAUACAUGGGUAUACAUGGUAAUACAUGGCUAUACAUGGCUAGACAUAGCAUUACAUGGCUAUACAUGGCAAGACAUGGCUAUACAUGGGUAUACAUGGCUAUAGAUGGGUAUACAUGGUAAUACAUGGCUAUACAUGGUAAUACAUGGCAAUAAAUGGUAUUACAUGGCAAUACAUGGCUAUACAUGGCAUUACAUGGCUAUACGUGGCUAUACAUGGCAUUAUAUGGCUAUACAUGGCUUUACAUGGUAAUACAUGGCUAUACAUGGGUAUACAUGGCUAUACAUGGCUAUACAUGGUAAUACAUGGCUUUACAUGGCUAUACAUGGGUAUACAUGGGUAUACAUGGUAAUACAUGGCAAUACAUGGUAAUACAUGGCAGUACAUGGCUAUACAUGGCAUUACAUGGCUAUACAUGGGAAUACAUGGGAAUACAUGGUAAUACAUGGCAAUAUAUGGCUAUACAUGGCAUUACAUGGCUAUACAUGUUAAUAAAUGGCAGUACAUGGCAGUACAAGGCUAUACAUGUCAAUACAUUAUUUUAAAUGCAUUCUUGAUACACUUUAAUAACCCUGCUUAAAGUACCUACCUGCUGUUGACAGGUGACGCUGUUGAUGUUCACGAGCCGAGUGGCGAGUUUGUUUACAGCUUUGGUGAAGGAGUGUUCAAGCGUGCAACAGCUAUCACUGCUACUGGUGAUGGUCGCGUCAUAAUAGUGGACGAUCUCCAUUACAGAGCGUACACAUUUGAUGUGGAGGGACACCAGCUUGGCAAAUUUAAAGUCAAAUAUAAAAGAAGUAGCAAUGAGAUGGAUGAACUAACCGAGGGAGAUCACUGUUAUUGCAUUGCAUAUCACCCGGCAAGAGACCAUUUUGUCCUUGCUGGUGAGGAUCGAGGGACAAACCGCCUGACGCUGGCCAUAUACACUUUUAGUGGCGAAUUUGUUCGCAGAAUUCAGCUGGAUGAAAAAGUGCGUCACUUCCUUCUUUGCGGAGGCGAGUGUGUAUUUGGAAUAACAGUGACCGUGGAGGGUCACAUUGCUGUGGCUUUUACAGACAAGCAUAACAAAGGAAAGGUAAUCGUUGUUUAA